AUGUACACCAACGCGGUGCUAUUGUGGACCCUGCUCCUGUCGGCCCUGCACGGAUCAGCCUUGGUCCAGGGCCGAAACUUGGGAGACGAUUACGAGAUCGUGAGACCGGUUCGACUUCACACAGUCAACAAGAGAGACGCCGAGACCCACAGACCACAGACGGUUAAAUACGCUCUGACUGUGAGAGGACAACCCCUGGAGAUGCACCUGGAGAGGAAUGAUGAGUUACUGACCCAAGACUACAGCGAGACUCACUACAGUGAAGAUGGCACUCGCGUCACCACUUCUCCAGACCACAUCGAUGACUGCUAUUACCAAGGAAAGAUCGUGGGCGAUAAUGCGUCAGCAGCCAGCAUCAGCACAUGUGACGGACUCAGAGGAUACUUCCGGACGUCAGAGCAGAGGUUCCUGAUUGAACCUUUAACCUCUGACCCUGAGGGGGAUCACGCCGUGAGCCCCUUCAAUGAAGAAGAACGCUCCACUCCGGCCGUGUGCGGAGUCACCAACACCACGUGGGACGAUGACUAUGAACCACCAACCAGCCGGAGCCGCUCCAGAUCAGGCGGGAUCACCAUUGUUCAGCAGCAGAAAUACCUGGAACUGUAUCUGGUGGCUGAUAACAGACUGUACCUGAAAAUGAAGCAAGACGUGGCGGAACUGAGAAAGAGGAUAUUUGAAGUGGUCAACUUUGUUAACAUGGCAUACAAACCUCUGCGGACCUUCGUGGCUCUGGUGGGGCUGGAGGUCUGGUCCAGAGAAGACCAGAUUACAGUCACUCCUCCAGCCGGAGCAAACUUGGACGCCUUCAUGAAGUGGAGGAACACAGAGCUGGUCAAAAAAAAGAAGCAUGACAACGCCCAUCUGCUCAGUGGAAUAGACUUUGAAGGAUCCACCGUUGGACUGGCCUUCAUCGGAACACUUUGCUCGGGACACUCAGUCGGAGUGGUGCAGGACCACAGUGACCGGGCGAUAGCAGUGGGGGCGACUCUGGCUCAUGAGAUGGGGCACAAUCUGGGCAUGAACCACGACGACUCCAGCGCCUGUGUGUGCCAAGGAGACAGCUGCAUCAUGGCGCCGUCUCUAAGUUGGAACGUUCCUCGGAGCUUCAGCAGCUGCAGUGGAACCAACUAUGAGAAGUACCUCCUGAACCGCAGUCCCGGCUGCCUCCUCGACAGACCUGAAUACAGAGCCCUGGUGAUCCCCGGUGUCUGUGGGAACGGCUUUGUGGAGGCUGGAGAGCAGUGUGACUGUGGCACUGUGGAGGUAAAACACCUUUUGUCCACUGACCAGAAGGUUCUUGGUUGAAUUUCCAAAUCCAAC